AUGACACGCCACAGCCGGACAGCGCUGGUCAGCUACCAGGAGCAGGGGGAGAGCAGAUCACAGACCAGUCUCAACGCUCCUGAAAUGAAGCGCCAGGCCCUGAAGCUGAAGGAGGAAGAGUGCGGGCUCUGCCACCGGGCUGACUCUGACCCCGACACCUACGGGCAGAAAUGCCAGCGGGGUAAGCUGUGUGUGCACGAGAACUGCCUGUACCACGCCAGCGGGCUGCUCCAGAGGGGGCAGGACGAGGAGGGAUUUUACGGGUUCCUGUAUCCGGACAUCAGGCAGGAAUUAAAGCGGGCAGUUCAGAAGACCUGCUGUGUGUGCGGCUGCAAAGGGGCAUCCAUCGCCUGCCAGGGCAGCAAGUGCAGCAAGAACUUCCACUUCCCCUGCGGCUCGGAGAGAGGCUGCGUCUAUCAGUUCUUCGGGGAGUUUAAAUCCUUCUGCUGGACCCACCGGCCUGUGCAGCGAGUGAGACGGUGGCAGCAGCAGGCCGAAACCAUCUGCGUCGUCUGCUUGGAGUCCAUGCCGGGGAAACCCUCCUACAGCGCCCUGGUGUGCCCGGCGUGCAAGCACGCCUGGUUCCACCGAGGCUGCAUCCAGGGACACACUCUCCGUGCUGCCUUGUACCAUUUCCGAUGCCCCAGGUGCCGGGACAUGGGGACAUUCCAAAGAGAGAUGUUUCGAAUGGGCAUCAAAAUCCCUGACAGGGACGCCGCCUGGGAGGAAGACGGCGCGUUCGGCGACCAGUAUCACAGACACAGCCGCUGUGACGCCGGCUCCUGCCUGUACGUGGGCGGCAGAGAGCAAUCCGCAGAGGACGGGUAG